AAAUGUGGAAACGGAUCAGAUUCUUUCCUUUCGGGAGCAACGCUGAGACGCAUGCCAUGGCCACUUACUGAGAGGAGGGACGAAACCUCGAGUUGUGGAUCCACGUUCACAUAGAGACAGAGGUAAGUGAGAAGGGGAGGAACACGGGAGCAGAGAGAGAGAGAGAGAGAAAGAGAGAGAGAGAGAGAGGGGGAACGAGAAGAGAGGGAAUAGAGAGAGGAAGAGCGCUCUAUGGAUGUGGCUUGGACAGAGGGGACUCUGAGUGCGCACUCUUCACUGACGAGGAACAGCAAGCUGCAGACAUGGAGGCGAAAGGCAGAGGCAUGCCCCAAGUCAUGGUGUGGUGGGAGAAGGGGAUCCAGGUUGUCCUCACCACUUUGGGGGCGUUUGCAGCCUUUUCCCUGAUGGCGGUGGCCAUUGGGACGGACUACUGGCUGUACGCACGGGCCUUCAUCUGCAACAGCACGGCCAACUCCUCCCAGGACGACCCCAACAACAAGGACAAGAAAGACCCUGGUGCCCUCACCCACUCUGGCCUCUGGAGGAUCUGCUGUCUGGAGGGGCUGAAGAGAGGAGUGUGUUCUCAGAUCAAUCAUUUCCCGGACGAUGCAGACUAUGAUCAGGAUGCAGCAGAGUAUCUCUUGCGUGUUGUCCGAGCCUCCAGUAUCUUCCCCAUCCUGAGUGCUAUACUCCUCCUGGUGGGAGCGAUAUGUGUUGCAUCCAGCAGCUUCUACAAGAGCAAGAGGAACAUCAUCCUAGGAGGAGGCAUCUUGUUUGUGGCUGCUGGCCUGAGCAACAUCAUCGGCGUGAUAGUGUACAUCUCUGCGGCGCUAAGUGACAUCUCGCCCAAGAAGGACGAGGACAAGAAGUGGCAUUACUCGUACGGCUGGUCCUUUUACUUCGGAGGCCUCUCAUUCAUCCUGGCUGAGAUGGUGGGCGUCCUGGCCGUCAACAUCUACAUCGAGAAGAACAAGGAGCUGCGCUGCCGCUCACGCACCGAACUCUUCAAGAGCACCACGCACGCCAUGCUCCGCCUGCCCAGCUACCGCUUCCGCCGGCGCUCCCGCUCCAGCUCGCACUCUACCGACCCGCCACGCUCCCCUUGUGACACCUCACCCACAGACGCCAAGAGUUUUGCAUUACCGCCGUCUGCCCCGCCUUUCUCUGUGGCCACCCUGCCCAACCCGCACCAUGCUGGUGGAGGAGUAGGGGGCGAUAUCUCCAUGUAUACCCUGACUCGGGACUCCAAGAUGGGAAGUCUUGGUGGCGGCGGGCCCCCCCUCUACGGCACGGUCGACCGGGCCUCCCUCUACCAGCUGCACAGCUACUUCCCCAAUGAGGAAGUGGGGGUGAUGAUGAGCGGUACACUGCCUUCUCUCUCCAAGUCCAACCUCUCUGCGGCGGGCCAGAAUGCCGCGGUUGGCGGCACUGCCAUUGCGCCCCUGAAUACCUUGUCAUCCUCCGGUCUUACCCCCCAGCAGCCACCUCUGUCCACUGGCACCAUGGAGAGAGAGAGGGGCAUGGGCACCCUGGACCGCCUCGGGGGCAAACGGAACAGGGACACUGACUCGGACACGCUGAACAGGAGAACCACGCCAGUGUGAGCCUUGGAGAUAGGAGCAAGAG